CCCUGGUAUUUCUAGUUUCGUUUCAGUCGAAGACGAAGAUGUGACCGCUAUAUUUCUGUGCAAAUUCAUGAUUUCUUCAUGAUGUGAAGAUGAAUUGUGGUAUUACAGCACUCUAAAGAACUGUACUAGUCAUGGCUGAAGGUAAAGAGAGAUUUGUACUUAAAAAGGCAGAUGGGGAUGCGUGGAAACCUUUAUAUAACGUCUCCCAAGGAUUCAAACGACACCCAUCAAGAAUUACAGAUUUGUCCAAGAAGGCUGAUGGGAACAAAGCUGUUGAUGAAGUUUGGACAACAAACAAAGUCUACAUCCAGAAAACAGGGAGUGAUGGCACAUUCUCAUGUGACCUUGAAGAUAAUGUUCAUUUCACGCAGUUCUUGUUCAAACACAAGAAACGAGAUUUGCUGGAUGCGCAUUGCUGGAAAUAUUCAGAAUGUACUGGAAUACGGAAAGUUUUGAUUUCAACUGAUUAUACAUUUGAACAAAGUAGAACAAUUGUUCAAAAAUGGAUUGCAAAAUAUCGACCUUCUCUGAAGGAAAAGAAGUUCGAGUUAUCAUCCUUCAGUACUAAGAGUUCCCUUCAAAGAUAUCUUUCCCGUCUCGUUUCAGCUAUUAAUAGGAGAAAUGGUGAGGCUGAUGUUUUUUAUGACAAGGCCAAAGACUGUUUAUACAUUGUGGGAUUUAAACAAGAGGUGGAUGAAGUUCUUUAUAAAGUGAAAGCUAACAUGAGAAAUGAUGAACUGUUGACAAUGGAAUGCCCCAUUGAGUCUGAAUCACAUGGAAUGAUGCUUAGAUCUCUCAGUUUUCUUAAGGAGUUGAAGCAGGAUUUUCCAGAUGUUGAAGUUCAUCUUCACGACUGUAACACAAAAGUCACAUACAGAGGAAAACGAGAUGAAGUUGGAGAAUGCAGAAGAAAGAUUGCAACUUUUUUCAGUACUUUGCAUACAGAACCACUUGAAAUGACAUCGCUUCAGACAGAGCUGCUUUCAAACCCUGAGACAGGCAGAUAUAUCAACAAUUUGUUGAGGACAGACAACAUUUCAGGUGUAUUAAAUGUUCAGAAGCAGGGAAAACUUCUACUGAUUGGUCAAAAAAAAUAUUUGAAGAAAGUUCGUCACAAAAUAAAGGAAAACAUUGUAGAAGAGGUUUUCCUUGUACAGCUGUAUCCACGUGUAAAAGAGAUGUCAUUCGGGGAAGUAGGUCUGAGUCCAACAAAAAUUGAGAGAGUUGUCAUAGAGAAAACAGAUGACGAGGUCCGUGUGGCUGCUACCAGAGAUGUGAUGCAGCGUAUUAUACAAUGGGUACACUCUGAAGAUCCAGGACAAUCAGAACCCAGUAGAAGUCAACAGCGUUCUGUAGAUGUACAGAAACACCAGCCGUCACAAUCUUCAAAGACAGAUGAGGUACAUUUGGAAGUUUCUGAACUUGACAUGUGUCUGUGGAAUACUUUGGGGUUUGUUGAUGAGUUUAAACAAUGUACUACUGGAAAUGGUGAAAUUGUGAUAGUGGCAUCGGAAGGUGAUGCUUACAAAGUUCGUGAAGAAAUCAAAAGAAUCCUUUCCGGGAUCAAGGAAAAUAGAGAAGCCUGCUGUCUAACUGAGGAUUGUGCAGUUCUUCUUAAACAUCAGGAAACCAAAGACUACAUUACAAGAGAACUGCAAAAGAAAAAACAUAGAUAUUUCUGGAAGCUCGGAAAUGAUGGUGCUACUGUUGAAAUAUUUGCACAGACCAAGAGAGAAGCAGUGAAUGCUGGGAAGAGUGUUUCUGCAAUGAUAUCAGUUAUAUCCCUAAGAGUAGAGUUCAACCAAGUGGAAAAGGUUUUGCAAGAAGAAGCCUGCAAAAAUGUACUGCAGAGGUAUCAUGGGAAAGCUGAAAUUUUAUCCCUGACAAGCGAUGAGGUACCAUUAGUGGCAACAGCUGAUGCUUGUGAGGAAAUCCUAACAGUGAUGAGACACUGUGAUAAAUGGAUUUACACUGAAACAUCAGUCUGUCUUGAAAUGCCUGAAGGAGCCUGUGAAUACCUGGAGAAUCAGCUCAUAUUUCGAAGAAGUCUGAAAGAGAAGUAUGAUGUGCAUCUUGAAUCAUCUGAAAACAAAAGGAAACUAAAACUUACUGGACCAGAGAAAAGUCUUCCCAUUGUGAAAUCUACUUUGGAAAAGAGAGUUGUUGACAUAGUGAACGAAAGUCUGAGAAUGAAGUUUCUUCCUGAAGUUCUGGAAGAUGAAAACAAAAAAAUGAAAUUUGAGAUGGCUAACAAUUGUUAUUUAUCAAAGAGAAAGGAAAGGGUAAUUUUGAAACCCUGUCCAUCACAUACUUGGGUGAUCAAGAACUCUCCAUGCUUGAUGUUGGUCUCGGAAAGCAUCGCAGAGACAAAUGCGUAUGCUGUGGUGUGCCCGGUAGACGCUAAUCUGAAACCCAUAGGAGCUGGACAGACAAUCAUGGAAUAUG